AAUUCGUUCGUCACCCGAAUGUACGCUCCCCAGCUCUGACUUACCUUUUUUUUUCCCACCUCGGGAGCGAGCUCGAGUCUGCCGUUCCGCCCCCGUGGGUCGCUGUCUUCUUCAUCGCGUCGCUCCGCUCCACCUCCACCUGUCGGCGGUUUCUCGGUCGCCUAGGGCCGCAUGUGAAACCGUCGCGCCGCCGUCCGGGAGCCGCCCUCGCAUGUUCGGCAAGGCAGCGGUGUGGACUCGGGGUGAAGUGUGCAACUUGGAAGCUCCCCACCUUGUGAGCGCUCGAGGAGUUCCUUGGUAGGGUUGGUUUGGGAGAACGAACUUGUGCUAGGGUUUCUCGCGGAGGAUUGGCUAAGAUUGAUGAGUGUCCGAGGGAAGAUCUGGCAUCCAUGACGAAGUGCGAUCCUUGCCGGUGGUGCAGUGUAGUUGUCUGCAGAUGGAAUGGCAAGCUCCGCGGAUGUUGAGAAGGCAAUUUCUGCAUUGAAGAGAGGCACUCAUUUGCUGAAGUAUGGUCAAAAAGGGAAACCAAGAUUCUAUCCAUUUAGACUGUCUGCUGACAAAUCAUCAUUAAUUUGGUUAUCAAAUGGUGAAGAAAAAAGUUUGAAGCUAACAUCUGUUUUGGAAAUAGUCCGUGGUCAAAGAACUCCUGUUUUUAGAAGGCAUAUAUGCUUAGAGAAGGACAACCUCUCCUUUUCACUCAUAUAUGACAAUGGGACAAGGUCUCUUGAUCUGAUAUGCAAAGACAGAUUUGAGACAGAGGUGUGGUUUGCAGGCCUCCAGGCACUGAUUUGUUCCUGUCAAGGUGAACGGCCAAAAAUUGAUGGAUGGAGUAAUGGAGGACUGUAUUUUGAAGUAAAUGAAACACCUCUCACAAAUCCGUUAAUUAGUAUUUAAAGUUGUUCUUUCCAAUGAGGUGUCUCGACUAACUUCAGCCUUCAGGAUGCAGGAUGCCAAGGAUCUGAAUCUCAUAUCAAAUAGCCCCAGUGUGAGUUCAAUUGGCUCUGUUUCGGAUAGUAGUUCUCCAGACAUGAAUUUUAGUGUUGGAACUUCAUCAGCAAUCUCUUCUGAAAGUUUUGUACGCUCAGAAAGAUCAGAUGUUGUGAAUAUGCUUGUAAAAGGUGUCUCUUCUGAUGUUAUUAGAGUGAGUGUUUCUAGUGCACCCAGUACGUCUAGUCAUGGUUCUGCGCAAGAUGACUGUGAUACUUUAGGUGAUGUUUAUGUAUGGGGUGAGAUUACAUGUGAAAUUUCUACAAGAACUGGCACUGAUAGAGGUAUCUAUUUAUCCAGUGGAAGAACUGAUUUACUUUUGCCCAAGCCCUUAGAAUCAAAUUUAGUUUUAGAUGUUCACCAUGUGGCGUGCGGUGUUCGACAUGCUGCUCUUGUCACAAAACAUGGAGAAGUAUUCACAUGGGGUGAAGAAUCUGGAGGGAGACUUGGCCAUGGAGUUGGAGAUAAUGUCACUCAUCCUCGUCUUAUUGAAUCUUUAGCACUAAGUAAUGCAGAUAUGGUUGCUUGUGGGGAGUUCCACACUUGCGCUGUAACUUCUUCAGGUGAAUUGUUUACUUGGGGUGAUGGCACUCACAAUGUUGGUCUUCUUGGACAUGGUACUGAUGUCAGUCACUGGAUACCAAAAAGAGUUUCUGGGCCACUGGAUGGUAUUCAAGUUGUAUAUGUUAGUUGUGGCACCUGGAACACGGCCUUGAUAACUUCAAUGGGGAAGUUAUUCACUUUCGGUGAUGGAACAUUUGGUGUUUUAGGUCAUGGAAACAGAGCAAGUGUUGCACACCCAAAGGAGGUAGAAUCCUUGAGAGGUUUGAAAACCAUUGCAGUUGCAUGCAGUGUAUGGCACACAGCUGCUAUAGUAGAGGUUAUAGUAGCUCAACCCAAUGACAGUGUGCCAUCUGGAAAAUUGUUCACCUGGGGUGAUGGGGACAAAUAUCGCCUCGGGCAUGGUGAUAAGGAACCACGACUUGAACCUACUUGUGUUGCUUCGCUGAUUGACCAUACUUUUCACAAGCUAGCAUGCGGUCAUAGUCUCACUGUUGGCUUGACAACUUCUGGACAAGUUUUUGCAAUGGGAAGUAGUGUUUAUGGUCAGCUUGGAAAUCCACAAUCUGAUGGAAAGCUUCCAUGCUUAGUUGAAGAUAAUCUCAUUGGUGAAUCUGUGGUCGAAGUUGCUUGCGGUUCAUAUCAUGUUGCAAUUCUAACAAUUAGAGGUGAGGUUUAUACAUGGGGAAAAGGUGCUAAUGGGAGAUUGGGUCAUGGAGACCUUGAAGAUAGGAAAGUACCUAACCUUGUCGAAGCUUUAAAAGACAGAGUUGUGAAAUAUAUUGCUUGUGGUGCUAACAUCACUGCUGCCAUAUGCCAGCAUAAGUGGGUAUUGGGUUCUGAGCAGUCGCUAUGCUCAUCAUGUAGACAAACAUUUGGCUUCACCCGUAAGCGACAUAAUUGCUACCAUUGUGGUCUUGUUCAUUGCCACUCAUGUAGUUCAAGGAAGGCCUUAAGAGCUGCCUUGUCUCCUGAUCCUGCAAAACCUUUUCGAGUUUGUGAUUCCUGCUAUGGGAAAUUGAACAAUGUAUUGGAAUUUGGAGUAAACAACAAAAGAAAUGGCUUGCCUCGCUUGUCAGGUGAAAGCAAAGACAGGUUUGAAAAAGUAGAGACAAAAUCAACUAAGUCUAUGUUACCAAGUAACUUGGAUCUUAUAAAGAAUCUGGAUAUUAAAGCUGCCAGAUUCGGGAAGAAACAUGAUUCUUUCUCCUUUAUUGGAGCUCCUCAAGUUAGCUCACUCAUGCAGAUGAAAGAUUUUCCUUUUGCCGGUGGUGAUCUGCAACGAGCAGCUCCUAGAGCACUUUGCACAUCCAUGGUUCAAUCUGUAAAUCAUUCAAGAGCAGUUUCGCCCUUUUCGAGGAAAUUUAGUCCUCCACGUUCAGCAACACCAGUACCCACAACAUCUGGAGUUUCUUUCUUAAAAACUUCUGCAGACAAUUUAAGGAAAACAAAUGAACUCUUGACACAAGAAGUUCAGAAAUUGUGUGCCCAGGUUGAAAACCUUAGACAGCAAUGUGAACUUCAAGAACAUGAAUUGCAAAAAUUGGUCAAGAAAGCUCAAGAGGCCAUGACAAUGGCUGCUGAGGAAUCUGCAAAAUCAAAAGCAGCAAAAGAAGUUAUUAAAUCCCUAACAGCACAGCUUAAAGACAUGGCCGAGAUAUUUCCUCAAGGGUUCUACAAAAAUGAUGCAGCAAGACACUUAGAUUUGGCGAAUGGGGUGGGCUUAUAUCCUGGUCUUGCCGUUCCAAAUGGAGAUUAUCACCCAACAAGCGAUCCAAUCAAUUCCCCUGAUUGUAUUGGAGUUAUUGCCAACAGAAACUCAAAUCAGAAUUGUUCAUUAACAGAUAGCUGUGAAUCUAACCAGCUGGGUACAAAUUUACAAAACUUUAAUCCAGUGAGUUCUAAUGAAAUGGAGCAAGACUUCAGUGCACAACAACGCGACAGUAACGCAGAGAGAUCAUCAUCCAUCAGUAAACCUGGUGUGGAUAGCAAUGAAAGUGAAUAUCCUCAAAAUUUUGAUAAGGUUUGUAAGUCCCAAAGUCCCACUUCAUCAAGUAAUCAAGCUGAGGCUGAAUGGAUUGAGCAGUUUGAACCUGGUGUAUAUAUAACUCUCUUAUCCCUUCAUGAUGGAACUCGAGAUUUGAAGAGAGUCCGGUUCAGUCGAAGAAAAUUUGGGGAGCAUCAGGCAGAAGCCUGGUGGUCGGAAAACCGCGAAAAGGUCUAUGAGAGAUACAAUGUUCAUGGAUCGGACAGGGCAUCACCAGCAGUAUCAACUCAUUCUGCUCAUAGAUCAUAAAAGAUUUUUGCACACCUGCUAGUUGUAGAUGUUAGUUUGAUUAUCCAAAAUCAAAGGAGCAAAAGUUCCAGGUGCCCUUUUCAGCCUCACUCGAUCCUUCUGCCAUCGACAUUGAAACUUGUGGUCUAUGAUCUGCCAUUUUCAAGAUACAUGUUUUUGUCUAGAGUCGCAUCUUCCUUGGUUACUCUUUUAGGUCUGGCCAUUUCUAUUACCUACCGUAAUGUAGUGUGUGUGUGUGCUGUCUCAGAUACGAUGCCACUAGGAUGUAGCCUUUGUUUUUCAUACUAUUAGAGAUGAAAUUUCUUCUUAGAAUGUAGAAUGCUCUUUUCUUAAUGAUGCUGCAAUUUGACAAAAUCAUUUGUUAUUCUUAAAUGCAGAAACUUUGAUAUGGAA